AUGCGCCUCCAACCUGCUACAAAGACUGACCUGCCUCAGCUCGCUGCUGUGGGAGCUGCGGCAUUCGCUGAAGACGCCAUCUAUGGGCAUUUUCACCCCUUCCCAGAUAUCUAUCCCCAGGAUUUUUAUGAUUCCAUUUUCAAUACACUUCAUCGGCUUCUGGUUACUCCAGGAGCGUUGAUUAUACUACUGGAGUUAGAAGGCGCGGAGCUAGCCGCCAGCGAGUAUAUGAACGGAGGAAACAGCACAGGAGCUUUGCCCCAGGAAAAGAGAAUAGUUGCCUACUUCGCACUGGUCAGGUACGGCAAUGAGAAAGCGGUCGCAGCGUGGAAUCCGGAUAGCGAAGAAAAGCCUCAAGGCCUCCAACGUAAGCUUCUUGACAUUGAGCAAGCUAAAUACCGAGACCGUAGCGCAACACCCGGAGUCGUAGAAGGAUUCUACAAGCCAGAGAUGGAUGUGAUCGGCGACGUGCCGGAAAGGAUUGAUGCCCGAACACUUGCCAUUCUACCGGAGUUUCAGCGAAAAGGUCUGGGAAACAAGUUGCUAGCAUGGGGCUACGACCGCGUCAAUGCUGAGCAAGUCCCCAUGUUUGGGGAUGCCUCCAAAAAGGACAUUUCUCUCUAUCUGAAAACCGGGUUUAAGCUCAUCGGAAGUGUUAAACUGAAGGCCAGAACCGUUCAUCUCCCUGAUGAUUUGGCGCAUGCUGUUCCAAAUGGUACUUUGGGAAAAGAUGCGGCGACGCCAAUAAGACUCGAAGAACUUGAAGUGCCGGUCAUCAAGUAUAGCCCAUCACCAAAUGCUAAGAGGCUGAAUUACCAGUUGUAA